AGUGAGUUUCUAACCUCGUGAAACUAAUUGAAUAUUUCAAAACUUCAAUAUUUUCUUCUUGAAAUUCGUGUCCAUUUUUUAUUUAAUAGAAUAUUAAUACACAUAAUUGAAAAGAAUGGCUACAAAUAUCCUUUUAAGGAAUUGGAAAAACCUAUGUGGCCACAGUAUAAACUGCUACAUUACAUGGAGCAAAUCAAAACAUCUCAAGCAUAUUGGAACAGGAAUCUUGACAGGACUCGCAGCCUAUAGUGUAUCUAAUGUCACCACAGUUUUUGCAGCGCACAAAGAUUUGCACAAUUAUGUUAAAACUUUUAUGGCAAAGCCUAUCACGUCUGUCGAGAAAUUACAGGAGGAUCAGAAUAACAUGAGGACGAAAAUGGAGCUGCUGGUGAUGAAGACACAAGCAGAUUUCUGCAGAGCCCUUGAAUCGUUGGAGAACGAUGGAUCCACUUUCAGAGUGGAUCGCUGGUCCAGGAAAGAGGGUGGUGGCGGUAUCACCUGCGUGCUACAAGAUGGGCAAGUAUUCGAGAAAGCUGGCGUUAAUGUCUCUGUGGUGAAUGGCAUAUUGCCACCUAAUGCGAUUACACAGAUGAGAGCACGUGGCAAGAAGAUGGAAGACUCUGUACCCUUCUUCGCCGCAGGCGUAAGUGCUGUAAUUCAUCCACGCAAUCCUAUGAUUCCUACGAUUCAUUUCAACUAUCGUUACUUUGAGAUAGAGAAUUCAGAUGGUACCACACAAUGGUGGUUCGGAGGCGGCACGGAUCUCACGCCGUAUUACCUGAACGAGGAGGACGUCGAGCAUUUCCAUAAAACGUUGAAGACCGCUUGCGACAAGCACGACCCUUCCUACUACGCCAGGUUCAAGAAGUGGUGCGACGAUUACUUCUACAUCAAACAUCGUAAAGAACGACGCGGCGUAGGCGGGAUAUUUUUCGACGACCUGGACAAUCCAAGUCAGAACGAGGCGUUUCAGUUCGUGACCUCGUGUGCCGAGGCAGUCAUUCCGUCAUAUAUUCCCUUGGUGAAGAAGCACAAGGACGACGGCUACGGAUACCACGAGAGACAAUGGCAAUUAUUGCGACGAGGUAGAUACGUCGAGUUUAAUUUGAUCUAUGAUCGAGGAACCAAAUUCGGCCUAUAUACACCUGGGGCGCGAUACGAAAGCAUCCUCAUGUCUCUGCCCUUGAAUGCCAAAUGGGAGUACAUGCAGGAGCCCAAAGACGGCUCGAAGGAAUCGCAGCUUUUGGAAGUACUGAAAAAUCCGAAAGAUUGGUUGGACGAACCCAAGUCGAAAGUAUAUGAUCGAGAUCCGAAACAACAGAAGCGUUUAUCAGUUUUGAGAGAUGAGAAUAUAUAGAUGUAUAUAAAUUUAUAUAUUAUAUUUAUAGAUAUAU